AUGAAACUAGCAACCGCUACGUCCUGCCUAUUUGGCUGGUGUCCUGCCCAGGCAGCAUUUCAUCACUACCAAGUCUGCUCCAACCUGUUCGGACUGUCACCAACCUCAGCUGACUGCCCCCUUCCCAUCAACCACACGACCGCAAAGACAGCAGCAGACUGGGCACCGUGGUCCAACCAACCAAGUUGUUUCCAACCAGUCCACAAACCAAAAACCACCGACCCCUACUGCCUCUACACGCACCCGACCUUUCGCAACCAUGGUAUGAGCGUCAUCACCACUCCCGGCCUAGCCGCGAGUCUGACGGGCGCACUAGACGACGGCAUCGUUCCCCGACACCAGCGGGACCAUCCAUCGAGCCCGAUGGCUGCGCAGGGGGGCAGCAGCGGCGACCUGCCUUACGAGAUCCGCGAACUGCCGGGCCGGGGCAAGGGGGUGGUGGCGACGAGGGCAAUCAGGCGUUGGGAGACGGUCAUGGUGCAGUUUCCAUCGCUGGUGCUGCUGAUGGACUUUUGGGAGGCGGUGGAGAGUCCGAAACAGUCGAGGAGGUUGCUGAAUAAGGCGUUGAGGCAGCUUCCUGUCGAGGAAAAGGGGCGUAUCAUGGCGCUGGCGAGGAAUGGGGGGUUCCAGAGCCAGAUUGAAGAUGUUUUGCGGACGAACAUCUUUGGGAUAGACUUGGGGGGUGUUUUGCACAUGGGAUUGUUUGUUCAAGGGUCGAGAAUAAAUCACAACUGCCAGCCAAACGUCUACUGGAAAUACGACACCAAAACAAUGGCUCAGGAGGUGGUGGCACUACGAGACAUAGAAGAAGGAGAAGAACUUACUCACAGCUACGUCACGCUCGGCGGCUCCAGGAACCAAAGACGUGAGGAGCUUCGGGCUUGGGGCUUCGAAUGUAAAUGUGCGCUCUGCUCUGCUCCUCCUCAUGAGGUAGAGCUGUCAGACAAGCGACGCGAGAAGCUCAACGAUCUCGGGAUCAGGCUGAGAGAGGCAAAAGACAUAAGCCCGAAGAAGGUCACCCGGCUGGUGGACGAGAUGGGAGCGCUCAUCGAAAAUGAAAGGCUGUACCCGCAGGUGGUCGUCUACUAUACGCUUGCCGCUCAGGCUUUCUCUAAGGCUGGUGACAGGGUUAGGGCGAGGGAUUUCGCGAGGCUGGCUGAGGAGGCAUGGAUGCUCUUUCAGGGCGAAGGUCAUGAAAAUGCCGAGGGGAUCGAGGAGUUUUUGAGAGAGGUUGAGGAAAAUAAAUGA